AACUUAAUGCUCGAAGUUAGCUGUCUGUUUUAAAGUUCUGCUUUUAUUGUAAUAUUAAGGAGGAAAAACGAUGGCCCAUCAGCAUCAUGGUUACCGGGCUACAAAACAGAGAGCUCGUGCAGCUCCUCCAGGAGAUCCCCUUCUUUUUGAGGACACCAGUUCUGGGGUGCCACCCAUGAGCAACCAAAACUACUAUGAAUCUGGUUAUAACAUGGGUGCCGGCGUAUCCGGUGGCCAAGAGACUGGUGGCGUGAAUAACCUCUUUGCAGAUCCAAUGGCCAGUGCAGCUAUGAUGUAUGGUUCCUCACUUGCAAACCAAGGCAAAGAUAUAGUAAACAAAGAGAUCAGUCGAUUUAUGUCUGUGAACAAGCUCAAGUAUUUCUUUGCAGUCGACACCAAAUACGUCAUAAAGAAGUUAAUGCUGCUUGUGUUCCCCUAUACUCAUCAGGAUUGGGAAGUUCGUUACCACAGAGACUCUCCACUCCCCCCUCGACAUGAUGUCAAUGCCCCAGAUCUCUACAUACCAACAAUGGCUUUCAUCACCUAUAUUUUGCUGGCAGGAAUGGCUUUAGGAAUACAGAAACGGUUCAGCCCAGAAGUCCUUGGUUUGUGUGCAAGCACUGCUCUGGUUUGGGUCAUCAUUGAGGUUCUUGUAAUGUUGCUGAGUCUGUACCUGCUCUCAGUGCACACAGAUCUUUCAGCCUUUGACCUUGUUGCUUACAGUGGAUACAAAUAUGUCGGAAUGAUCUUCACCAUUCUGUGUGGACUUCUUUUUGGCAGUGAUGGCUACUUUGUUGCUCUUGCCUGGUGCUCUUGUGCCCUCAUGUUUUUCAUCGUCCGCUCUCUCAAAAUGAAGAUCCUUUCUUCGCUAUCUUCAGACGCGAUGGGUGCCGGAGCAAGCGCUAAACCCCGCCUCCGCUUGUACAUCACUGUGGCUUCUGCUGUCUUUCAGCCAAUCAUUAUCUACUGGCUGACUGCUCAUUUGGUCAGAUGACCAGGUGUAAAGAUUCACAUGGAGGAAAAGAACUUUAAAACAGUACAAAAAGCAGUGUCUGGUGUGAAUGUGAUGACUCCAUAGAUUUCUUUGCCAUUUCAACCGGAUGUAUGGCCUGCCAGUAAUAAUUAAAUUGUACCUGGCUUUGCAAACAUACCAUGGAAUUAUUAUGAUUUGAAAAAGUGGUUUUUCUUUCAGGAUUUGGAUUUUACAUUUCAAGUAUUUUUUUUUUUCUGACUUGAUUGACUAAGUCAUAGGGCAGAAAAGAGCUUGUGACACUUUAAAAAUAUCAUCUCUCUUUCAAGUUUAAUUCUUCGGUUUACCCUGUGCCCCUUCUGCCCAGCGUGAUUGUUGUGUGGUAUAAUAUAAUAGUGCUAAACACACUCUCUGCUGAGCCAAUGUGCCCUUAUUUUCUAUUUUAUCUGUGCAUGAACAACAGUACUUUUUCUUACAGUGUAAUAAAUGGUCAGUUAAAAUUUUUAAUUAGGUUUGGUGAUAUGUUGCUGUUUUUAGGGUAUUGUGCACUCCAUACCAUCUAAUGUAGAGCUCUAAAGAAGAAGAAGAAGAAUAGAAGAGACUGCAUCAUGAAAAUCAUUAUGGAUUUAAUGACCCCAUCUCAAUCUGAACCAUCCCACACAAUACUAUGUAUUAAAACACCUUCUCUUUGUCUAUGUAUGUUGUUAUGUGGAUGUUCUUGAAAAACCUGCAUUUUAAGCAUUUUCUGUGGCUUUGGGAUACUGCUUAGUAUCCCAAAAUGUGUGCACAUUUGGGUCUAGUCUGUGUGUCCCUUAUUAAGCUAAAGAACCUUUGAACCAGUUAUUUAAGAAACCCUGAAAUACAUUAAGUAUUAUAUUAAAGUAGUAUUCUACAAAAGGUGUACACAAGUUAUGUCCUUGGACAUGGAGAUGUCCAAAAUUGGAGCUGGUUCUUAUGACAAAAAUGUUAGAUCAUGAUUCUUAACAUGUCUACAAUACAGAUAUGUAUCAUGAUGUACAGGUUUGCUAAGAAUCUUCCAGAAAAAAAACCCCUGAAAAUUUGUGUUUGAUGAUAAUUUUAUUUUAACAUCUAGGGAAAAUAAAUCAAUAUUACGUCAUCAUUUUGCCCAGCCCUAUCUGAAACUAUAUACUGCUCUACUAAUCAGUCCAAACAUGGUGUGCUACAUUCAGUAGUACGUCACUUUAUCAACCAUGUCCUGACUGGCCAUUUUAUCAGAUCCAUGUAUUACAUACAGUUCCUUCUGAAAGUAUUAGAACAGCAAGGCCAGUUCUUUUGUUUUUGCUCUGCACUUAAAACAGUUGGGUUUGAGAUCAAAAGUUGAUUAUGAGCCAAUACAUCUAAACUUCAGCUUUAAUUUCCUGAUAUUUACAUCUAGAUAUGGUAAACAGCUUGGAACAUCACACCUUUUGUUUGAACCUAGCCAUUUUUCAAGUGAUCAGAAAUAUUGGGAUGUAUGACUGAUAGGUGUUUCUUGUUGCCCAGGUAUACCCAUUUAGAUUAUUUAAGCAAUUCAUAGCUCUGAAUGUUUGCUCUUGGUUUGAGCCCUGUGUAAAAUGUAAAUAAAAACAUAAUGUAAUAA